AUGGCUUCCAGGCAGCAAAUUCAACCCGAGUGGGAGCUACCAGUGUUCAAGGAGGCGCAUCAGUUACCAGAUUUUCGUCGCGACUGGUACUCGGUUAAGUUUUACCCAUAUACAAAGCCAGGAGAUGACUCGGUUUUUGCUUUGGUCGGCGGUCGACAUGAUGACGAGGACUUUUACACGUGUACUUGGACCAAAGACCCCACUAAUGGUAAACCACUGCUCUGCGUCGCCGGCAGUGGGGCAUUGAUUAGGAUCGUGGAUGCAAUUUCUGGCCAAUUGCUAAGAACACUUUAUGGGCAUGGCGGAGAAAUCAACGACCUCGCCAUAUGUCCAACUAAUCCCAAAAUCCUAGCGUCUGCCUCGGAGGAUCUGACAGUGCGGAUUUGGAGCGUGGAUCCAGCACACGAAAACCAGCCAUGUGCAGCAAUAUUGGGAGGUGAUGGCCAUAAUGAUAAGGUAUUAACGAUUGCUUUUCAUGAAAAUGGGCGGUAUCUUCUGUCCGGUGGAGCAGAUGGGGUGAUCAAUCUAUGGACUCUUCCAGCCUUUCCCGACGAAAACACAGGAAAGAAUGUGCCGACUUUAGUCCACUAUCCUCACUUUUCAACCCAAGAAAUUCAUCAAUAUAUCGUGGACUGCGUCCAAUUCCACGACGACCUAAUAUUAUCCAAAUCAGAUCGAGAAGAUAGCAUAGUCCUCUGGUCCAUUGCCGGCUUCUCCUCCUCCUCCCCCAUUCCCGACGUCCUCUCCGCCCCAACCGCCCACGAACGACAAACCUCGACCCGCUCCGCCUUUUCCCCUCCAGCUCUGACUGACGGCGCUCCCCUGCAGUACACGAGACUGCUCCAAUUCGACAUCCCAGAAGGCGACAUCGUAUGGAUGCGUUUCUCCCUCUUCCCAGGCACAGAAACCACAGGUCCCGUCCUAGCAUUCUGCAAUAAAUUCUCCAAGGUUUCAUUCUGGGAUCUCCGCCGUCUCGAAGAAUACGCUUCUAUCAUUUCCACUCCCGAGAAGAUCAAAGAUCCCGUUCUCCGUCCCAAAUUCCUGAAUCCAUAUCAGCGACGCCAGCGCGGACGUGGUAUCAUACGAGGUCGUAGACGCUCAAACAGCCCGACGGAUUCAACGGCGAGUCAGCGAUCGGGUGGUGAUGUAGCGGGGACUGUGGAUUGGGAGAAGAGUAAGGCGGGAUGGGAGAUGAGAUAUGCGAUGGAUGACCCGUUGAAGGAUCUGGCGCCUCACCGGGAGGAGGUGGUGAAGGGGUUGGAUUUCUGUGGGAGACAGGCUGCGUGGAGUCCGGAUGGGAGGUGGUGUGUGGUGGUGGGGAGUAUGGGAGUUUGGGCUGUGCUCCAGCGGUGGGGAAAUAAGUGA